UCUUAAUAUUUACAAAUUAUAAAAAUAUUCCUAAAAGCAGACAAACACCCAAAUAUGAUUAAACCAGUCACAGUAUUGUACACAGAGACAAAAGAUGUUUAUCCCAGAAUAAACCAGGCUAGAAGAGACUCUUCUCAAAAAGUCUUCGGUAUCUCCAAAGCUUGGAGGGCAAAAAGAGUCAUAAAUCAGACCCCAGAAGAGCGAGUGUUGGAGAAUACUAAUCAAAAAGUCUUCCAAAUUACAAGAAAUUGCUCAAAAUUUACUCCCGAAAGAUCACUCUCUCUCAACUCUCUCUGCGGGGCCUUGAACGAACAGACACAGAAUGAGCAAGAAAGACCAAUUCUAUCCUCUUCGAAAGUAUUUGCAGUCACAAAAUUGACGAAAUUGGAACGCAAAGUUGCCUUGUCUUCACCGAAAUUCAGUAGAAAUCAAAAUAUGGUCAAAAAUUGUCAAGAAAAUUCUCGCUUCGCAUUCCGAAGCACUAGAUCAAAUACUAUGGAUGAAUGCGAGGAAGAGUCUAGACUUCUGAAUGCUUCUAAACAGUUUGAAAAAGUUUUCCAGAUUACUAAAGAAAAGGCUCGAGUGGUAGCUUCAGCCCAGACUGACCUUAGCUUAUCCCCUAAGGCACCUAGCUACAAGAGGUAUUUCACUGUCAGAAAGGUUCCUCGCAGUCUAUGUAGGAGAAAAACUACGUUUGGAGGCAUCUCAAGCGCGUUCACAACAUUUUCCAGAGAUCCUCAACAAUAUCAGGAGACUGAGGGGCACAAUUUUUAUACUUUCUUAGCCUCUGAGCUGUCUAAGUAUGGAAGAGAACUACAGCUGGAAAGCUGUAAUUCUCCAGAAGUCUUAUUAAAUAUGGACCAAAAAGUCUAUCUCAGCCUUUCACUUGGCCUUAAGUUGCUUGACCAGCUUCCUGAUUCUUCUACAGCAGGUUCUCUAUGUCAGAAGCAGACUAUUAAGAGACCUUUGGCUAAGUACAAGUAA